AUGGUUCUGGACCCGCGCAUCAAAGAGUUCUCCGCAGGUGUCCUCUCCGCUUUCGUGUCCAUAAAUGUGACUUAUCCUUUUACAAAAUUAAUAUAUCGUCAAAUAUUAACCCAGAGCAGCUUCCAAGUGGCCUUGUGGGAGGUGAGACAAGAAGGGCUGCGUUACCUUUACCGAGGAAUCGGCCCCCCGAUCAUCCAGCGAAGCACCGAACUCUCCGUGAUGUUCGGCGUGUAUAAAACGGCCGAGAUGGCCCUCCAUCCAUUAAAACUCUCCAUGUACGAUGAAAAAGUGGCAUCUAGCGCAAUCUCCGGAGUGACGGAAUCAUUUUUAUGCCCUCUGGAAAGGGUCAUGCUUCUCCUCAUAGACUCCAAGAAUCACAGCAAGUUCAAGAAUAUGGGACACGCCCUAUUUAUUCUUGUAAGGGACUACGGCCCCAAGGAAUUAUAUCGGGGAUACUCGGCGAUACUCACAAGAGACGUGUUCCAUAACACUUUCUUUUUUUUAAUGCGCGAUGAGCUCUCCGGACUGGUCAAAUGCCACGAGCACAAGCUACAGGAGAACUUCCAAAAUUUCUUGGUGGGGGCGGGGGUUGGCCUGAUGAUGACCACCCUGUUUUACCCGAUUAAAGUAGUGAAGGCCCGGAUGCAGAAAAGGAUCGGCGGGAGGUUCGUAUCGGUGCCUCAAAGUGUCACGGAAAUUUAUAAGGAUCGAGGAAGAGGCUUUAGGAACUUUUAUAGGGGUAUAGGGAUGAACGUGGUGCGUUCGAUAGUCGCCUGGGGGAUCGCCAAUACCUCUUAUGAGUUUUUUAAAAGACAUUUGUAA